AACUGACGAAGGAGGAGGAGGCAUUCUGUGGUGUGGGGGAAAUCUCUCUGGGUUUGAGGACAAAUACGUCAGGUUCCUUCUUACACCGGAUCGCGAAGCUGCAAAAGGGUAGCGAGCAAAGCAAGAGGAGCAGAGAUCUGCACAUCAUAGACUGAGAGAGUGUAAAUCUCAUCCUAAGCAAGCAGCAUCCCUCAGGCAGCUACAGAGGACCAUGGCAUUUGCAGGGCUACUAAGCGACGAGGACAUCACGGCUGCGGUACAGGCUUGUCAAGCUCCGGGCACUUUCGACUUCAAGUCGUUCUUUGCCCAAGUGGGACUAACCAGCUCAUCCGAGGCGGAUAGAAGUAAAGUGUUCAUGGUCCUGGACCAAGACAAGAGUGGAUACAUUGAAGAGGAGGAGCUCAAGCUGUUCCUUCAGAAUUUCUCUCCCGGGGCGAGAGAGCUGUCUGCGGCUGAGACCAAGGCUCUGAUGGCUGCCGGAGAUAAGGAUGGAGAUGGCAAGAUUGGGAUGGAAGAGUUCUGUGACAUCUUGAAAUAAAGAAGAUGGUCGUUUUCCCCUUUUUUAAGUUAACGGGUCCCGUAUUGGAAAUCCUGAUUUUCCAGACCAGAAACCUUGGAUACCACCUACCUGUCUGCCGCUCUCCCCGUGGAGGAGAUACAUUAAAUAUGCUUGGUGGAAGCUGGAUGUUAUAGUGUGUGUGUUUAAUCAAUCCAGUACCUGGAAUGAGCUAAUAAAUGUUUUGAAGAUGUGA